UAUUAACUAAUGCACCCGAAACAGGGACUCGGUCAGAAAUUGGUGCUUCCCGUGCUUCUAUUGUGGGAUUUGAUAGCGAAAGUAGAAGCUCUUUACGGUCGAAUAAGUUGCUGCUAAGGAACAAACACAGUCUUGUUAACGGAGAGUAAAUCGAAUAAAAGCCGAACACAGAAUGGGCAACAGUUUGAGGCGCAGGUCCAGAGAUGCGUACAGGGUCCACCCGAACAGCACCAGGACGGAGGAGACGGAGGAUGAGGGUCUGGACUGGAUCCAAGUGAAUGGACGCAGGCUGAAUACGCUGUGUGGAACUAAAACCCUGCACCCACGCGCGCUUCUAUCGCCCCCUCCUCCUCCAGGCAUCCGUACAGUGUGGAUUCCUCCACCCCCCACCCCGCCGUCCCCAACAUUGAGUGACUGCAGCUAUUCUUCUACUGAGGAGAAGUGCUACGACCCUCAGGACCCCGCGCUUAUGUUUGUGGAUGGAGAGGAUGAGUUGGACUUUUUGUGUGAAGGCUUCAGGUCUCGUAGAGCUCUGAUGUCCUGUGGUCACGCUGUCACACCCACGUCUCUGACCAACUGGUGUCACAGGCUGCUGGACGAGGGUGAGAGCAGGUUUGUGUGUGGACAAACUGGCUGUAACGUAGAAUGGUCUUAUGAGGAGGUUUGUAAAAUGGCUCUACUGACCCCUGAAGAAAAGAAGCUCUUUGAAAGAGCCAUGAGCUCCAACGCUGCCAGAGCCAACACCAGACCAUGUCCUGGAUGUGAAUCUCCUGUGGUCAGAACCGACCUGUUUAAUCUCAGAGUUCACUGCUCAGUUUGCUCAGUGAACAGAAGUGGGAGCUAUGACUUCUGCUGGCAGUGUCUGAGGGAGUGGAAGGGUCCUGAUCCACGUUCAGACCGCUGCGACAACCACGGCUGCCGCAACCAGUCACUGAAGACGCUGAAAAACUGCCCGUAUGCCGAGUUUGAGUCUGUAGGAGUCAGUAGGUGUCCGUCCAUCAGAGCGUGUCCCACCUGUGGCAUCCUGCUGCAGCACGACAACACAGAGUGUAAAAACGUGGUCUGUCCUCGCUGUAAGGUGGAGUUUUGUUUUGUGUGUCUGAAGCUCACUGACGAAUGUUUGCUAACAAGUGAAGAAUUUGAACCAUGUUUUAGUCGUGUGGCCCCCAGACAGACGUCUAUACCUGUGUGGAGGAAUUCAUGAUGGAACAGCAGCCAAACGAUCAUGUGACUAAUUUAUAACUGUGUGUUGAUUGCGAUGUUUAUCCACUGUAAUUCUCUCUCUAUAUAUAGAAUGUCCUCAGGUAGACUAAGAUCACAACAGACUUACAGUAAGUUUUUGGAUUUCAUAUAAGACUAACAUGGACACUUUCAGAUAAUUGAUAAUGGGAAAGUACCUGAGACGCACCUGUUGGAAUGAGACCAGCCCAGUGUUUGAUUAACAUGAAGGUCUGUUUACUGUAAAUGACUGUCAUUAUAGUAAACCAAUGUAAUAAAAAACGUGGAGGGUUUUACUUUGCAAGUAAAGUAAUAAAACUGAACAUUGGUGUUUUUGAUCUUUACUUGAUUAUUUUAUGCUUACAUUUGCUUUAGAAAAAUAAUAAGGUGUCACAUGUCAUUAGUUCAAUGUUGUUUUAGCCUUGACAUGUAAAUGUGUCAAUAUACAUUAAACUGUUGGAAAUUCAA